AUGCGACACUCUCAGUUUAUCUGGCACCCGCAUCACCCCGAGACGCUGCGGAGCUUCAAGCGCUUCGUGUCCAGCGUACGCCUCCAAACGGACUUUGGGAAUGCGAUGCCGGCGCAGCGUCCGAAGAACUCGUCAAUGCCGUUUUACUUGGCUGAGCCGGAAACGAGGAAGGGCUCAUUCAGACGCUAUUUGCGCACUGCGCGGGAGGAAGCGCCGUACAUCGCAGCGGCUGUGGCUGGCGUUGGUCUCUACAGCGUGGCAACCCUUGCCAUCCCUGCCGGUUUCGGCCAGCUGAUCGACUUUGCGAGCAAAGGGGAGAUGCCACUGGGGACGUCCAUGCAGCUCCUGGGGUGGUUCGUCGUUGCCGGUGUGGGCAAUUUCAUGCGGCUAGCCUGCAUCGGCUACGCCGGGGAACGUGUCAUUGCACGACUUCGCAGCCGCUUGUACCGUGGCAUCGUAGCACAGCCAAUGGCAUUUUUUGAUUCACCAGAGAAUGGCACGGGGGCCUUGGUGCAGCGACUCUCAAUGGACUGCAACGUGGUUGGUAGCUCGCUCACGGAGGCCCUGACCCAAGGCAGCAAAAACCUUCUUCAAACAGUAGGUAGUAUUGGUAUCAUGGUGUACUACUCUCCAACACUAACAGGUGUUAUUUGUGGUAUGAUUCCUCCUCUGGCGAUAUUUGCCGGUAUAUACGGCCGCUAUGUGCGGCGACUGCAGAACCAGAUGCAGGACGCUCUUGCUGCCAAGGCGACUGUUGCAAGUGAACGACUGGGUAAUAUCCGCACUGUAAAGGCAUUUGCCAGGGAAUGGGGGGAAUUAAAAUGGUACGAGAAGAAAGUGGCUGCUGUCUUCGAGAUAAGCAAACGCAUGCUGUUCUACAAUGCCUCUUACGUCUCUUCGCUACAGUUCGUUGGGUACGGUGCGUUGUACUGUAUCAUGUGGGCAGGGUCAAUGCUCGUGGCGACGAACCAUUUGUCGCCCGGUGUGCUCUUUUCGUUUGUACUCUACACAGUAUACUGUGGCAUUGGGCUCAUGGGGCUCACCAACCUGGCGACGGAAAUUAACAAGGGCUACGGGGCCAGCUUGCGAGUAUACGAUAUCUUGGAUCAAGAGGAGCGUCUGCAGAAGUUGCAGGGGGAGACAAAGAAGAUUAUUCCUCUGCAUUGUAAAUGGGAGAUCAAGCUGAAUGGGGUUUCUUUCGCUUACCCAACUCGCCCAGAGGCGCCAGUGUACGAGAAGCUUGACCUAGAAAUCGUACCAUCGCGCUGCACAUGUGUGGUUGGCAGCAGCGGCUCCGGCAAAAGCUCUCUCGCGCUGCUGCUUCUGAAAAUGUACGGGCCGACGGAGGGCAGUAUCACUAUUGAUGGACUGGACUUGAAUGACUUGAAUACGCCCUGGCUCUGUGGUAAGAUUGGCUACGUUGGCCAAGAGCCGGUGCUGUUUGGUGGAUCCAUCGCGCAGAACAUCGCGUACGGCGCCCCCGACCACAAAUGGGAUGAUCCCAUCGACCGGUGGCUUUACUCCUCCGUCGUGGACGCGGCCAUGCGGGCUAACGCGCACGAUUUUAUUUCAGCACUUCCACAGGGAUACGACACCUUUGUCGGUGAGGGCGGCCGUUCACUCUCCGGUGGGCAAAAGCAGCGUAUCGCCAUUGCGCGUGCGCUUCUGCGUGCGCCCAACGUCUUGAUCCUUGAUGAGGCCACGUCCGCACUCGACAGCGAGUCGGAGGUGGUUGUCCACGAAGCCAUCAGUCGGCUGAUUGAAGAUGCCAAGAAUGGUAAAGAAAAACGAACAGUGCUCAUGUUUGCGCACAAACUAAGUAUGAUUCGUAAGUCCGAUCACAUUGUUGUCCUCGACAAGGGGCGUGUGGCAGCUCAAGGUACAUUUGAGGAAGUGCAAACGAAUCCCCUAUUCUGCCAGCUGGUUGGCCUCUCGCCCACGCCGAGGCUUUCAGGCGGACCUGACGCUGCGGUUCAGGGGAAAUAG